AGCUUUGGGAAAGGGCACUUCCAAGCAACAAGGUCCAAUCUGGACUAGUAUCUCCAUAAAACGAUCUUUUAUAUUUUAAAUAGGAUAUUAGGUCGGACGCCAGUUAAAUAUGACCGUCACGCUUUGUUUACUGGAUCUUACAUCGUGCAUUGAGAAGUGACAUUCCAUUAUCUGUGUUAAAUUGUACUAAAAAAUCUUGUUUGGAUCUGAAGUAACGAUGUGUGAAAGGGAUUCUAUUCCCCUUUCUAUUCAACGUAAUGCCUGAAUAGACAGGCAAAGUAGAAGUCGAGUGAAACGUAAUAAAAGAUACACUGACUCCACAAAAUCUACAAAUUCCUGGUGUCACAUACAAAUCUUAACUUUCACAACCAUCAACAACAAGGAGACAUAAAAUGCUGUAGCGUCAAUGGAAUUUGAUCUCCCUUCACUACAAAUCCAAGUAUACAUGUACAUGUAUGUGACUGAUCAAGACCUCAUCAGAACUUCCUAAUUUUCUCGUGUUCUAAUUGACUUAAACGGUUAAGUCAUGAGGGGUUCGAUUUUCUUCCUCCCAUUGGUGCUUUGUGUAAGAACCUUGGAGUCCGCUAAGAUUCUGAUGUCAGGAGUCUUGGGGGAGGGAAGUCAUUUUACCGCACUGGUGCCCAUCGGAAAAAGCUUAGUAAACAAGGGACACAACGUCACGUUUUUAAUAAGUGAUGAAUAUUCAUAUCGAGCAAGGGAUCCCGAGCUGUCCACGAUCUUCGAAUUUGAAAUAUUUCAUUACAAUGAUAAAACACUAAAUGCGAGGGAAUUUUUCCGUGGAUAUGAGAAGAUAGGAAUUGAAGGAAGCAAUGGUUUUCUUCAGUUGCUGCAGAUGUACAAGAUAGGGAGAAGAAUUCAGGUUGAUAUCUGCGAGUCAGUCCUGCAAGACAGUGACAUGAUGAGUAGACUCGCAUCCAUGGAUGCCAUCGUGUUCGAACUGCCUUGGCCAUGCAGCAUAUUUAUCAAAUCAUACAUCGAAAGACACCUGAAUGCCACGGAUGUUCGUAUGGUUCUAUCUUCGGCUACGGCACCUGUUCCUGCCAUGUUCUUAAUGGCUGGAUCACCAUUCAAUCCUUCUUAUCAACCGGCAAGUUACACCAGUUACUCUUCAUCUAUGAACUUCUUCCAGAGGAUCACAAAUGGUGUGUAUUCACUUGUUCUCCAUUCUAUCAUGGAAUUUAUCUUUAACAAUGCCUAUAAACACACGGUUGAAAAAUUCGAUCUGCAUGAAAAUCUUGCCUCCUUAUCCACCUCGCAGAAGCACAUCGAUCUGUUCCUGACCAACUGCGAUUUCGCUGUUGAGUUUCCAUUCCCCCUGAUGCCCAAUGUGAUUGCUGUAGGUGGCCUGACGGCGAGACCAGCCAUGCCUCUUGAUCAAGAGCUUGAAGAUUUCAUGCAGAGUUCUGGUAAACAUGGCGUCGUCGUUUUCUCCAUGGGAUCCUACUUCGCGUCAUUCACCACCUACAGACCUGAUAUCAUGAAUAUGAUUCUCGAAGUCCUUUCAAAAUUGCCACAGAAAGUUGUCAUGCAGAUCAAAGAUCCAUCCUUAUACAGUCUUCCAGAAAAUGUUAAAGCGAUGACAUGGAUUCCUCAAAACGAUCUCUUAGGGCAUCCUAAGACUAAGGUAUUUCUGUUUCACGCUGGUAACAAUGGAUACCUAGAGGCUCUCUGGCAUGGUGUGCCAAUGGUAGUUAUUCCAAUCUUUGGCGACCACAUUGACGUCACAGUAAGAAUUGUAUCACGUGGCCUCGGUUUAAUGAUAAGCAAAGAGAAUGUAAGCACCGAUUACCUACACCAUCAGCUUCAAGAAGUACUUUCGAAUCCUGCAUACAGCAUCACUGCGAAACGGCUCUCCGCCAUCUUUAGAGAUCGCCCAUUAGGUCCAGCGGAUCGAGCUGCAUUCUGGAUUGAACAUGUCAUUAAACAUGGCGGUAAAUACAUGCAAUCACCUGUGUAUGACCUGUCAUUUAUUCAAUAUCAUUUGAUUGAUGUCGGGGUAUUUAUCUUGCUUGUAUUAUGUAUGUUGCUCUAUAGUAUCUUCAUCCUUUUAAGAAAGUGCGUUGGCCAUAGGAAUGGAAAUCAAUCGAAAGGAAAAACUGAUUAAUAACGAUCUGAGACGAUAAAGCCAUUUUGAUAGAAUUCAAAUGAAAGUGUUAAAUAUGAGAUGCAUAUUUAUCUUCAUUCGUCAAACAUAUAUUUUAUGAACAACGAAUUACACGUACUUUAAUGAGUAGAAUGUUAACUCUGCUCAUAAAACUUCAAAAUAUUGUAUACAAGAAGAAGAAAAGUCGUGAAAAGACAACAAAUUCUUACAUUUUUUUUGGAAUCCGUUUUCUGUUUUUGUGUCAUGAGGGGUAUUGAAAGAAGUUAACAUAAAUAAAGUUAACAUUGUACAUGUACAUGUCUGUAAUUGUUCAUUCUGUCAUUAAAACACACAUAAUUAACAAAUGGCAGCAAGUGAAUUGGCCCCGGAACAGCAUUUCUAGAAGUUAGUAAUUUUCAUUUCUCAUGAUUCACAUCGGGUUCUUGAAAUAAGAAUUGUCAUCUAAAAGUGAGAUUGAUCGUUUAUCACUUCAGCUCAAUUUCUAAUCUCUCUUUUAACCAAUUUGACAUGUUUGACAUAAUGGUUUUUUAAGGUCAAGUUCACCCAAGAAAAAAAAGUUGAUUUAAAUAAAUAGAGAAAAAUCAAACAUGAAUAACGCUGAAAACUUCAUCGAAAUCGGAUGUAAAAUAAGAAAGGUAUGACAUUUUAAAGUUUCGCUUAUUUUUCACAAAACAAUUCUAUGCUUAAUUCAGUGAUAUGCAAAUGACAGAGUCGAUGAUGUCACUCACUAAAUAUUUUGUAUUUUAUUGUUUGAAUUAUACAGUAUUUAAAUUUUUGCGAAUUUGACAAUUAGGACCCCCUUGCUUAAACCACAAAAUGUUAGAAUAACGGAAUUCCACGUGUUCAGGGAGGGAUGAAACUUUGUUUCACAUGACAAUGACAGGAAAAUCAAAAUAUUUCACAAUAAAUACAAAAGAAAUAGUGAGUGGGUGAUGUCAUCAGUAUCCUCAUAUGCAUACCGAACAUGCAUAUAACUGUUUUGAGAAAUUAAGCGAAACUUCAAAAUGUUAUAUUUUUUCUUAUUUUACACCCGAUUAUGAUGAAAUUUUCAGUGUUAUCUAUUCAAAUCAGCUUUUUGUUGGAGUGGACUUGUCCUUUAAGAUACUUUUGUAGUCAAUGAAAUAUUAGUUGUUUUCAUAAAAGUGUAAGAUCAUAAAAAACAUAUGGAUAUUGUAUCCAUUACUCCUAAAUAAAAAAUAUAUCUUCAGCUUUUAAUUGGUUGGCUUGUAAAUAUUUUGAUUUGAGCAGCAUUGGUUGUUUCGGUUUAAUCAGGUAUAGCAGUGAGGUAUAGUAAUAACAAUAUAAAUGCAAUUUAUUAGGCGCCAUAUCCAUCUCGUUAGAGAUGCACAAGCAAAACAAGCGCUUAAAGUGAACCCCGUACAACAAUAUGAAAGCAGAAGCUAAUGGUUGUCCCUUCGUUGUUGUUUUUUAAUAGAAAAUCUGGUUCCAUCCCCUAUUUUUCAUUUUUAAUUUGUCACAUUUUCGUCCCCUGAAUUUGGCACCCAGGGCACGCUAGCCUUAUCCCUGUACGCCACUAUUUAGAGACCUCGUUGUUUUUUUUU